AUGUUGAAAUUAAAAUUAAGAAAAAUUAAUAAACUUUCCAUCCAAAAAUUUUUUAUUCCUUAUGCACAACUUGCACGCUGGAAUAACCCUAUUGGCGCGUGGCUAUUAUAUUUACCCUCAACUUGGUCUAUUACCAUGGCCGCAUACUCACAAACUAUAUCAGCUCAUGAAACUUUAUCAAUGCUUGGAUUAUUUGGUGCAGGAUCCAUAUUAAUGCGUGGAGCAGGUUGUACUAUAAAUGAUCUAUGGGAUCGAAAAAUUGAUGCACGUGUUGAACGAACAGCAAUGAGACCUUUAGCAUCAGGAGCACUUAGUGCUCGUCAAGCUAUAGCAUUUCUUGGAUUACAAUUAGCUGGUGGAGCAGGUAUUCUUAUACAACUUCCAGUUGAAUGUCAAUUAUUAGGGGCCAGUUCUCUUAUUUUUGUCACAGUUUAUCCUCUUAUGAAACGAAUUACUUGGUAUCCACAGGUUGUUUUAGGCUUUACAUUUAAUUGGGGGAUCUUAUUAGGGUGGCCGGCUUUAGUUGGGUGGGAUCACGUGACAUGGGGAUCAUGUUUACCACUUUAUAUAUCAGGAAUUAUUUGGACAGUUAUGUAUGAUAUAAUUUAUGCACAUCAGGAUAAACGAGAUGAUGCACAAGCAUCGGUUUAUUCAAUGGCUCUUAAACUUGGAAAACAUACUAAACCUUGGUUAUUUGCACUUUCUAUGUUACAAACGACUACAAUGGCAUGGGCAGGUUAUAUGAAUGGGCAUUCACCUAUAUUUUAUAUCUUUGGAUGCGGAUCCGGAAUAAUUUAUACUAUUUGGAUGUUGAGAACUAUUAAUUUGAAUAAACCCUCUAAUUGCUGGCUCUGGUUUAUACGUAGCAAACAUGCAGGAAUAUUAAUGGGUACGGGUCCCUUAAUAGACUGGAUUAUACGGAUUACAUCUGUUAUGUAA